AUGAAGGCACACGAACUGACACAUAACAACAUACGACCAUUCAAAUGUGAACAGUGUGGUAAGAAUUUCACUCGGAAUCAUAGUUUGAAAAAACACGUGAAUAUACACAAAUGUUCGAGUGAAAAGCUGUAUUCUACCUCGAGCAAUCUGAAUCGUAACAAAUCGACGCACGAUGAAGUACGACGAUUCAAAUGUGAAAUUUGCGAUAAAGCAUUUAAAGGGCGUCACUGUCUGAUGCGCCAUAUGAAGACACAUACGGACGAAAAGACAGAGAAGUGCAACUUAUGUGAUAAAGCAUUCAAACAUCGUUCAGCUCUGCAGCGACACAAAUUGACGCACGAAAACGCGCUAUUCGAAUGUAAGCAAUGUGGAAAGAAUUUCACUCGAAUUCAUAAUUUGAAAAAACAUAUGAAUACGCAUAAAAGUUCGAGUGAAAAGCUAUAUUCGACAGUAAGCUCCUUAAUAAAUUCGAUAGCAGAAGAUAUCAUUGACACGGAAAUAUUAAUAAUGGAAAUUCUUGAAUUCACAGGUAUAUGA